AUGGGGGAGAAAAGAAGACUUUCAGAAGAGGAAACUGGAACCUCCAACAAGAGACUCGAACAGGACGUUGAAGCUCUCUCAGACUCAGGGGAGUUUGAAGUUUCUUCUUCCUAUGAAUCUUCGGAUGAACAGAUAUUUGAUACUUCGAUGGUCUCGGGCGCAGGAGGUGCAGGGGGAAGACAGUUGACUCCAACUGGAAACAACCAAUGGCAAGAGACCAUCACUAAGGUUGUGAAGUCCGUGGUGUCGAUUCAGUUCACUCAUGUCACAACUUUCGAUACAGAAUCAGCACUAGUAAGUGAAGCCACAGGGUUUGUGGUUGACGCAGAAAGAGGAUUAAUCUUAACAAAUAGACAUGUUGUCGGACCGGGCCCAUUCUGUGGGUACGCAGUUUUUGAUAACCACGAAGAGGCCGUGUUGAAGCCGAUAUAUAGAGACCCAAUCCAUGAUUUCGGAUUCUUGCAGUUUGAUCCUAAAGAUAUCAAGUACAUGGAAGUCUCACAGCUAGAAUUAAGGCCGAAUUAUGCCCAAGUUGGUACUGAAAUCAGAGUCGUGGGUAACGAUAAUGGUGAAAAGUUGUCCAUCUUGGCUGGUUUCAUUUCAAGAUUGGACAGAAACGCUCCAGACUAUGGUAUGCACACUUACAAUGAUUUCAAUACAGAAUAUAUCCAGGCAGCUGCUAGUGCUUCAGGGGGCUCUUCUGGUUCUCCUGUGGUUAACAUGGAUGGGUAUGCAAUUGCUCUCGAAGCUGGUGGCUCCUCUGAGGCAUCUACUGAUUUUUUCUUACCAAUCUAUAGACCAUUAAGAGCAUUACAAUGCAUUCAAGAGGGUAAGCCGAUCACCAGAGGUGACAUACAAGUGGAAUGGCAAAUGAAACCAUUUGACGAGUGUAGGAGAUUGGGGUUGAGCUCAGAUGCUGAAGCAAACGCAAGAAAGGCAUUUCCUACAAAGAUUGGUUUGCUUGUAGCAGAAAUUGUCCUCCUGGAAGGACCAGCUGCUCCUCUGGAGGACAAUUACCUUAUUAAGGAAGGUGACAUCUUAAUUUCAAUUAAUGAUGAACCGAUUGCUACGCAUGUGAGAGUAGAUGAAAUCUUAGAUGAAAACGUUGGUAAGGAAUUGAAGUUUACAUUACAAAGGGGUAGUGGCGAAUAUUUCCAUCAAUUGAUCACUAUUGGAGAUUUACACAAAAUUACACCUUCAAGAUAUGUUGAAGUUGGUGGUGCUUGCUUCAACGAUUUAUCAUAUCAAAUUGCCAGAAAUAAUUGCAUUCCAGUUCGCGGAGUUUAUAUCAAUGACCCAUCUGGAUCCUUUGAGCUUAAUGUCAGCGACAGCGGGAUGUAUAUGCUAUUAUCUAUAGAUGACAUUCCUACUCCAGAUUUGGAUACCUUCAUCCAAGUUAUGAAGACCAUUCCAGAUCGUAAGAGAGUUUCCAUAUGUUUUAGAGAUGUAGCUGGUGUAUAUGGUGAAACUAUCCAAGUUAUUUAUCUCGAUAGACAUUGGAACACUACUUUCAGGUUGUCCCAAAGAAACGAUAGUACCGGAUUGUGGGACUUCACUGACCUCUUGGGCAAAGACGAAGAAUUGCCAAAAUUACCAGCACCAGAACCUCAAAACGCCAGAUUUAUAGAUAUCCCAUUUGAAGAAGGUGAUGGCGAAAGUACUCCUGUCAGUCUUGCUAAAAAGGGUAAUUGCUCGAAGUUGUCAAGAUCAUUUGCUCAAAUUAGAGUUAUUGCUCCUAUUCCAUUAGACUCAUAUUCUCAUAUGAAGGAAAGAGGGUAUGGUAUUGUAAUUGACGCUGAACACGGAUAUGUAUUAGUGUCACGUAAAUUCGUCCCUCAUGAUAUGUGUGAUAUAAUAAUAACCUUUGCAGAAUCUAUAGAAGUGGCUGCAGAGGUUGUUUUCUUGCACCCUCACCAAAAUUAUGCCAUUAUAAAGUAUGAUCCACUGUUGGUAUUGGCUGACGUUAGAACCCCUGAAUUCAGCGACAAACCAUUGAAAAGAGGUGAGAGAGCAUUAUUUGUUGGAUAUAAUUAUCAUUUCAGACUUGUCACUGACGACGUUAAGAUUAGUGCUAUUGCAUCCUACAAUAUUCCUGGGGGAUUAUAUCCUGCCCGUUACAGAGGGACCAACUUAGAGUGUGUAGUUUUGGAUACAAAGAUAUGUCAAGAUUGUGACACUGCUAUUAUCACGGACUACGAUGGAAAGAUCAGGUCCUUCUGGUUAACUUAUAUGGGAGAGGAAGGCGCCUGCGAAAAUGGUGGUGAUAGAUUAUACCACAUGGGACUUGAUGUAACAGAUGUAUUACCAAUCAUAAGAGGUUUGCAACAGAAUAACAAAUUACCUAUGAGAAAGAGUUUGAGAAUUUUGGAUGCUGAAUUCUCGGCUAUUACAGUAAGCCAGGGUAGAACUAGAGGAGUUCCAAUGGAUUGGAUUUCCAAAUUUGAAGGAGAAUGUCAAGAUGAAAUUAAAUUUUUCAAUGUCAGUAAGCUUAUAGCACCCCCACAACCACUUUCUUCCAAAUUGUCAAAGGUGAACCAGUUUAAAAUAGGUGAUAUCGUUUUAUCAGUCAAUGACAAGCUAGUUACAUCAAUGAGAGAUCUUUACGUUAUGUAUGAUCAAGAAUUUUUGAAUUUCAAGGUCAUAAGAGAGAAAAAGGAGCAUGAUCUUGUCGUAUCAACCAUUGAUACCGACCAUUUGAACACUUCACAAGUUGUUGGAUGGUGUGGUAUGAUCUUACAAGAACCACAUUAUGCAGUUCACCAAACAUUAACAAAGUUGCCUUCCAAAGUGUAUAUAACCACAAGACUGCCUGGUGGUCCAGCAGCUGCAUAUCAAAUAUCAAGUUACAGAUUUAUUACUCAUGUCAAUGAUCAAGAAACAAAGGAUUUGGAGACUUUCUUGAAUGUCGUAAAGUCAAUUCCUGACAGCACUUACGUUAAGCUCAGAUUAGUUUACGACAAUAUUCCUGAAGCAUUAUCAUUGAAAACAAAUUAUCAUUAUUUCCCAACCGGUGAAUUCAAGAAAGACCAUACUGGUAAAUGGGUUGAGGUUGACCAUGAAAAGAUUACUGAAGAUCAACACUGA